GGACGAUACGACCAGUGCACUUUUAGACGUCUAUGCGUUAUGUUGUUUUCGCGAAAGAUUUGACAAAAUCAGUUUUAUUAAGAAAUAUUUUAAGAGUGAUUUUAUUAACAGCGUAAUUUUCUAAUCAUGGAUUUGACAGCUGAGCAAUAUUUCGAGGGUCUUAUGAGUGAUGAAGCGUACGAGACUCCAUCUGACUCCGUCAAUCUUGAGGAACUAGAGAUGAAGCUGCCGUCGUGGUUUGAUGAAACUCUUUAUAACAAAGGCCGACGUUUCUUUUGGCGGUUUUGUUUUGGUUUCGGGUCAGUUAUGAUGCCUGGUCUGGUAGCGAUAUUCGCAGUGCCCACCAUCCUGCAGGUGCUCGUCUGCUCCAGAAGAUCGUCUUCCAAGUACACUGCGUUCAAGCGCUAUAUUGCUACCUUCUUGCACGUCAAAGCUUGGUUGAGUUACGAUCUGAAGCCUGGUAGCUUAUCAUGCCGAUCAUUAUAUGCUGUUCGAUCACGGCAUAUAAAAAAUGGCCGCGCAGCACGAUUGAAGAACCAAGGCACGGUUUCUCAACGUGAUUUAGCUCUCACUAUGUUCGGGACCAUCGGUCUUGGGGUUCUUAAGCCAGAUCGCUUCGGCAUCAGACAAGAGGAAGCCGAAGAUUGGGAGGCAUUUAAUCACUUUUGGAAAGUUAUUGGUUACAUGUUAGGCAUGGAAGAUAGAUAUAACAUGUGUCGUAAGAACAUAGAAGAAACUCGUGAGGUGUGUAAGCUGAUACUGGAGCGUGUGUACACGCCGUGUCUGGAGAACGUGCCGGAGUACUUCGAGCACAUGGCGCGUGUCAUGAUGGACGGGAUGUGGGCGGUGAAUGGCGCUACGGAGGCUGGCAGUCUCAUGUACAUUACCAAGAACCUGGCUGAUGUGCCCGGGUACGUCCUUACCGAGGCUGAAAGGAUCGUGCUGCAGACAAAGCUGAAAGAGAAACUUGCUGGGAAACAUGAGGAUAUUGGAGUGGAUGCGUCGACGUUAAUUGAAAAAUCAAGUCUACAAGAAACAAAAUAUGAAUCUCGUCUACUCUACCUUAGGAACUACGACACAUUGGACACCGUACCUGAAUACAAGAAGCUUUCUUACGCUUCCAAAUAUAAGUUAACACUAUCAUUUAUCAUGACGGCUUUCUAUAAAACUUACGUCGGCAGAGUCCUCUUAAACUGGUAUUAUAUAACAGCUCUCUACAUGUCAGAAUAUUUCCCGUACGUUGCAUUCUUUCUUUACGGAAUUAAGAAUUCCUAUGUGAAUAUUUUUAAUGAUAGCCCAAUAGAGGAUAGUUCGCCUAAAGUUAAUGCGGAAUACUACCUCAAAAUACUUUGUAUUUUUUGCUUAAUACUCGUAUACACUUGA